AUGCUGACAGCAAGUCCAAAGGCAUCUGCUUGUCCAGGCGAGCUCAGGCGAUGCUUGACAGUGACUCCUCAGAGCCAAGUGCUUCAUCUGAAGUUGGUGGUGAAGGUUUUUGUGGAUGGAAGCCGGCGUCUUCGGGCUUCAUCCAGAGCGAGGGCACGACUCAGUUCUGCGCAGUUCGAUCAGUUGUGUGAUUUCGCCUGUGUGUAUAGCCACAUCUGGGAAGAGGCAAAGCUCUUGUCGCAUUGGGAUGCUGAGAAAGAUGCUGCCUUUGAGAAGGCUUUCUUCCAGAAGUCCAUGACUCAGUCUGUUUGCGUUGACAGCAGCAUGCUGUUGUUGCUGCCACCAUUGCUGGUGGGAACUGAAUCUGGUGGCAGCUUGCGGUCUGAUUUGAGGAAGUUGGAGGACAAACUCUUGGCAUCACGCGUAGAGCUUCGUCCGUUCACGUUAAACCUCGACUUGACAGAGAUCCAUGGCAAUCGGGAGCUGCCGUCCGCCUUUGUCUGCUUCGUGGGGGUAGUGGAUGCCACCCUGUUCUGUGCCUCGCACCUCUGGGCACGACAGAGCCUUCCAUUUCGCUCCUUCCCAAAAGCGCUGGACGAGAAGAGUUUCAUUGUCCCUGGAGAGUCCUUCCUCUGCCAUGACUCAAGGCGGUCUCUUACGGAUUUGCAAGAGACAAGUCAAUGGCUUGGCGGGCAAGGAGUUCCAGCUGCCCUGAUUGAAGCCUUGACAGGUGACCGUAAGACCUUCCAUGCGGCUGUUUUGGUGCACCCCACAGCUUACGAUGGUUCUGUGGAGCUAGCUAGCCUGAGCGCUGGUAUCCCUGUGCUUUCCAGCUCGGCCAAUGCCACAAGCCACAACUGCGCAAAGGAGAUUGUGAAGAACCACCUUGUGGAUGCGUGGAAACAUGGCCGCAGCCCCAUGGACAAGCUCAUGCCUAGAUACAAGGCAAGCCCUCCGGCAGAGGAGUUGCCACAGGCACCCGCUGCCCCAGAACUCAAGCUGUGCCAGGUAUCGGACGGCAGGAUGCUGAUUCCAAGGGACAUCCGACAGAGUUUCCUUGGAUGCCCGAUCUAUGGCCCGGAAUGGCGAGACCUCCUCAAAGCCUUCGACUCUGACUGGGGGGUGCAAGUACCUGCAGUGAGUGAUUCGCAUUCCCCUGCUGGAAAGAACACCUCUUCACCAUCGCCCUUGGCAAGUGGUCCUGGGGCCAAGAAGGAGGAGGAGGAUACCACAGCUUUCUGGAAGAAAUACUUCCCUUUCAGUGACGACAUCCAAGAGCUUGCUGGGCCUGAUGCUUCGACGAAGUUUGUCCUGACCCCAUAA